GAGAGAGAGACGAGAACAGGAAACUGUGAGAGUGAGUCAGUCAGCUCGGGAAGGGAAGGAAUUGGCGAUAACAUAAUGUGCACAUGGUGCGCUGCCUGCAUUCAUCCCUCUCUCUUCCCCAAUCAUCGCUCGCCAGGCCUCUUCUCUCUCUCUCUCUCUCUACCCAAAGUCUUCUCGUUCCCUCUCCCAUUUUCCUUCUCUCUCCAAUCCGCCAUUGAUUGAUUGCUUGCUUGCUUGUUUCAGUCGAUUCUUCGCUCUCUGUAGCUGAAAACGAUUAAGUGCGUUUUUUUUGUAGAGGAUGGACCGUCACGAUCACACGAUAACCGCAGGUCAUGAGGUCCAUAAUGUCCACUUAUGCCAUAUAUGUGGUUGGCCUUUUCCGAAUCCCCAUCCCAGUGCCAAGCACAGAAGAGCUCAUAAGAGGGUUUGUGGAACAAUUGAAGGCUACAAGAUUACUCACUCGGAAGAGCAUGAUCACAAUACGGCUGUUUCGGAGGACGACGACCAUGCCUCGAAUGAGGAUGAUCAUACCCCAAGUCCAAAUCCGGCGAAGAAAGAUGUUGAGAAGUUUGGUAGUGGCGGAGGGGUUGGAGAAGUGUCGAAUAGAUCGGAAGAUGAUGUUUUCACUGAUGCUGUUACUGAAUUUUCGGACAGUGGAAUCAGUCCUCAGGCGCUGGAGCGAGUUGGAAGUGCGACGGAGCUGAAUGAAGGUCCAGAGAAAAAGACUUUCCAGAUUGAUUCUCAUGGCCUCGAAUCCUUUAAGGCCGAAGAACCUGUUGAUAAAACUGAGCUAUACAAUGGUGCAACCAACGAGGAGGAAAUGCAAAAUCCUGGAGCUCCAACUACUAACAUUCAAUCAGGUAUUGAUUCAUCGAUAACAGAUAGAGCUGAAGCAAUUUCUGUUGGGCUUGGAAAUAGUUUAGAGGAAGAUGUCCUGAAAACUGAGACUCCAAGAGAUGUAGUUGAAGAUGAUGGAAAGAACAUCGGUGGAGAAAUUCAAAAUGAGCAGAAGAAAGUUGGACAGGAUUCUGAUAGACGGGGAGAAAAUCCAGCGUCUGUAAAUGGUGAUUCCAAAAGUGUAGUUUCAGAUCAUGCAUUGCUUGCAGUUGAGAGCGAUGAAAAAUUUCAUGAUGAGUUGGUUUUGAACCCGGUUGAAUUCAAUUUGCUCCCUGAAACUGAAACACUUGGAAGCAAGGAAGCUUAUUCAGAGAUCGAAAGCUCAGCCGUUUGUGCUGAAAUAAAUUGCUCCACUGGAACUUCUGGUGAAAUUGCUCCUGCCAAGGAGACUAAAGGAAACAUCGAUGCAUAUGCAGGGUUAGAACAAAUUUCUGCUGCUGAAGACGUUAAGUCUGUUGAAAUUGCUGGCGAUAUUCUGCACGAGGAUAAUCUCAGGACACUGCCAGUCAAACCUUCUGAAAAUGCAGUCUCUUCAGCUGCUAGUGACCCCUCCAAUGAUGCCGAAUCUAACAAGCCAGAAAUCAAACAAACAUCCAGUUUCACUGAAGUUGAAACUGUUGGAAAUGAUGCCAGUAAGGAAGAGAAGUGCGAAGUAGGAGAAAAUGAGCCUGAGAAUGAGAACCAUAAAUCCAAGGAUAAUGAUCUGGAUAGAGCAGUCGCAUUGCCUGUUUCUGCAAAUGGUACUGUUGAUGGUGGACAUGAUCAGACUAAAAUGGUCGGGGGAGAUGAGAGGUACACCUCAGAAAAGUCUGACACAAGGAGUUCAGGUGCUGUGAUUGAGAAGGGUGGAGGAGAUUCUGAGGAGCUAAAAGUGAUUCCAGAGUCUACAAUACAUAUGGAUAAGCCUGCAGAAUUUCCAUGCUCGACUGAAGAAGAUAGCAUUGCAAGAAAUGUGGAACAAGUGUCGAAGAAGCCCAAUUCUGGCUCAGUGGAAUCCAAUCUUGAGAAGUGUGUCGAAGGACAAAGCAGUCAUAAGCUGCUCGGUGAAGAGUUGCAUUCAGUUAGCUCUGCCAGCAUUGAUGCAGAACUAAAUCAUGAUGUCAGUAUAUUGGAUAAGCAAUCCGGAGCUGCAGCCUCAGAGUAUACCGUGUUCCAAGUGAUUUCUCAAUUGCCAAAGGAUAUUCAUGAGCCGAGCAAUGCUAAAUUCGAGUCUGCACCUGUUGCUGGAAUGGUGAAAGAAAUAAAAGAAGUUAAUGUUGUUGUAGCAUCUGAAAGCACUCCCGAGCAACUGAGUUCAAAGGAGUCUACAUUUAUUGAUUCUGAGCUAUCGAAUGAAUACUCAGCCAAAGAAGACAGUUGCAUUGAGAAAGGUGUUAGAGAAUUCGACAAUGAUCAGGUGAAUCUUCAUGUCAAUGCUGCACUUCAUCCAGAAAUUUCUGAAAGCCCCAAGAAAUUGUCCAGUGAAGCUUUGCCUGAAGUUAAGGAGAGACUCAUUGGUGAAACUUCUUCACUUGGUACUGGAGAAAACCAUGCCAUUAAAGAUAUUAGCAUAUCAAAACAUUUGGGCAUUGUUCGGAAUGCAGAGCAGACUUCUGACAGUAACAUUGCUGCAUCAGAGAAAUGUUCUGCCACACCAAGUUUAGAUGAGGCUGUAGGUUCGGCGGCGUUCCUUUCUCAGGAGUCACACAGCACAUCUGCUCCAGUUGAUGAAAAGAACAUCAUCAAUGUUGAACCUCCUACCUCCGACAAUUCCAAGUCCUUGCAAGAUGAAGUUGAGGACAAGGUGAUUCCUGUAACAGCAACGGAUCUGCAAGAUAAUUCUGGUAUUAAACCCGAGGGCAUAGAUGGCAACUGUGGGGUGGUUUCAGAUUCAUGCGAAUCCAACGCACCUGUUUCCGGAACAAAUUCAACAUUGCAAGAUUCAUUAACAAGAAGUUCCCAGCAGCAUAUAACCAUACCUGAGGAAGCUCGUCCCAACAAAUCACAAGACUUGGAGCCCCCUUCAUUCAUGACCUUGGUUCAGUCUGGAGAUACGCACGAGCACACUUCUGCUGCCUCAGAGAUUGAAGCAGUGCCCAACAACCAGCAUCCGAAACCUGAGACUCUCCAAGCCGGGUGGUUUCCUUCUCUAACUAAUGUGGUGAAUGAAUCCCAAGGCAGGAAGCAAAAUGAGGAAAUAAUUUCCAAAGUCACAAAUUCGAGCCCAGUGAAGCAUCACAGCCCUCUGAAAAACCUACUGAGCGAAGCCAAGUCACCAACAGCUAAACAAGAUCCAGCCCCAAAUACCAAAAAUGAGAUGGAACCCAUAAACAAUGGAGCUGGCGCAGCAGCGACUACUCUAACUACUGCCUCUGCAGGUUCAGAAAACGAUCACGAUGCCCAAGCUCGUAAGGAAAUUGAUGGUUGGAAUUCGCCAGCAAGAUACCCGAUAGAGACCAAGAAAGAAAAGAAGAAGGGGAAGCCCUAUUGGGUGCCAUUUAUGUGUUGCUCCUCCAUACAUAAAGACCUAUGAAAAUGAUUCGGUAAGUUUGCUAUACCCGACUCAUGGUAUCAUUGACCAACAUACUUCUGCUGCGUUAUAUUUCUGGCUUCAUAUACUCCGUUAAGUUUGUUGAUUCGAGUGUGGUAUAUAAACGUGAGUGAUCUAUAGGGUGUUCGCCUACUUUUCCUAUGUAUGUCUACGUUGCUUGCCCGUAAGUGAUACCGAUAUAUAAACUUGAAAUGUUGUGAAGAUUGAAGAGAGUUUGGUUGCUUGAAAGAAGUUGGUGCAUUGGUGAUGUUAUAGAGUAAUGAGUUUGUUGUUGCUA